AUGCCAACCUCAUUCUCAACCCUCACCCUCACCACCACCACCAUGCUCCUCUUCAUCCUAACAAGUGGCAUUAUUCAACCCACACAUGCAACAGUAUCGAAUUGCUACACUCAAUCAAACGUCACUGUCAUCUGCGAGUUUCCCGACAAUGCUGUAGAUCCCGACUGCAAGGUGUCCAAUCUCGCUUGUCCGCCUACAGAGUGUUUGGUCGGAUAUACGCGAGAAGAGUGGUUUUGUGAUCGUUGGCAGGGGUGGGGGUGUAGUUAUGCUGUAGGUAAGGUAGGCAAGACGAAUAGAAUAGACGAAUACGACUACGAGUACAGUCAGUUAGUCUUUCUUAUUCGUAUCGAUUUAGUUUUGACCUUAUCUACUCUACCUAAUCGUUGGAGGAGCACAGAGAGAGAGAGAGAGAUUACCUACUCUACAAACUUGCCGAUAGAUGCCUCGGAGGACCGACCGACCGCACUUACGAACCCGACGGUUACUAGACGACUAGAAUUGCGUAUCAAGACAGCUAUAAUUGAAAUCUCCUCAUCAGUGGACUUUUGUCUUUCUAUGGGCACACUACCUACCUAA